AUGUCUGGAAACUGCUGUUCGAGGAAGUGUCCCUCCGUGCCAGCCAUCUCUCUCUGCUCCAGUGAUGUCACCUGUGGAGGGCCAGUCUGCUUGCCCAGUUCCUGCCAGACCCAGACGUGGCAACUGGUGACCUGCCAAGAUAGCUGCGGCUCAUCCGGCUGUGACCCACAGUGCUGCCCGCCCUCCUGUUCCAUGAGCAGCUGUGUGCAGCCCAUGUGUAACGUCACCAUCUGCGAGCCUGCCUGCUCCGUGAGCAGCUGCCCCCAGCCUGUAUGCUGUGAUGCCACCCCUUGUGAGCCCUGCUCCGUGAGCAGCUGCCCCCAGCCCAUGUGCUGUGAGGCCACCCUGUGUGAGCCCUGCUCCGUGAGCAGCUGCCCCCAGCCCGUGUGCUGUGAGGCCACCCUGUGUGAGCCUUCCUGCGUGAGCAGCUGCCCCCAGCCCGUGUGCUGUGAGGCCACCCUGUGUGAGCCUUCCUGCUGCCAGCCUCUGUGCUGUGAGCCUUCCUGCCAGCCAAUCAUCUGCAUGCCUGCUACCUGCCAGACCUUCCUCUGCAAGCCCAUCUGUGAGCCCAGCUGUUGUCCAUCUGUCUGUGCUGUGCCCAGUUCCUGCCAGGCAAUGAUCUGUGAGCCUGCCUGCUGUCAGCCGGUGUGCCCCACCCCAAGCUGCUGUUCAUCUGUCUGCUCCAUGGCCAACACCUGCCAGCCUGUCUGCUGUGACUCCAGUCCUUGUGAACCACCUUGCUCAGAGCCCAGCAUCUGCCAACCAGCGGCCUACAUGGCUCUGAUGUGUGAGCCCGUCUCUGUCUGCUGUGUUUCCAGCCCUUGCGAGUCUUCUUGUGAUGACACUACUUGCCAAGAGCCCCCAUGCUGCAUCUCCAGCAUCUGCCAGCCCAUCUGCCCUGAGCCCAGCCCCUGCCCACCAAGUGUCUGCGUGCCCAGCCCGUGCCAACCCACCUGCUACAUAGUCAAACGCUGUCAGUCCAUCUCGUGUGAGCCCGUCCCCUGCCCAUCUAGCCCCUGCCAACCUCUCUGCUGCCGCCCAGGGUCUUCUGCCUCUGCCAUCUGCCAACCUACUUGCACUAGGACUUUCUACAUCCCCAGCUCCAACAAACAGCCUCGUAUGCCCUCAGUUCCCUACCGCCCGUUCGGCCGUCCAAUCUGCUCUGGACCCAUCACCUACAGGCAGCCAUACGUGACGUCCAUUUCCUUCCGCCCUGCCUGUUACCGCCCCUGUUAUUCCAUCCUGCGCCGCCCUACCUGUAUCACUUCGGUCUCUUACCGCCCGGUCUGCACCCGCCUGACUAAUGCUGACUCCUGUAAGCCAGAAAUCAAGCCAUCCGUCUCCAGCCAAUCUGACUGUGCUGACUCCACACCCUGCAAGGGGGACGUCCCUGAAGUCAAUCCUGGCCAGUGUCCCGAUGCCAAACCUGCGAGCCCAACCACCUGUGAGACCACGAAGGGCCAGCCAGCUCCCACUAAGUCUGCAGACUGCUGA